UUUGAUAUAUCCUUCCCUACUGACGUGAAAGGAAAUCUGUGAUCGGUCAUUUUGUUGUAUUCAACUUAUACAACGAGGAUUUAUGGGAAAACUGUCAGCUAUUUCAACUAGCCGCUUUUCAUCAUGUAAAAUGUACUCAAAGGAAUUUGAUAACUGCAUUAAAAAAGCGCUGAAUGAUGUUAGGCCAUGGUUUAAAACAGGCCUGCCUGAGCUAAACAUAGCUCCAUUUGAUCUUUUCGCCAAAGAAGUGAUACAGAAACGAGGAGAUGCUAAAACCCUGAAAGUGAGAAUUGAAGUGGACAAGAUAGGAAACAUGGACUUGCACGUCAGUAACUUACUGAGAGGGAGAAAUGUUUUAGGUGAGUCUUACAUUGGUAAUCAUGUGUAA